AUGUCGAAACUGGAGGAGAAGUUGAGAGCGCGAUUAUUGGAUCGUGAGAAACGGUCUCAAUUGCGGCGAUUGACGACGUUUCCAGCUGACAAUGUCGACUUUUCGUCAAAUGCAUACCUUUCUCUCUCGUCGGUAGCUGAAAUUCGAAGCGCAUAUCACUCCCUUCUUGAGAAUCAUGCAGCGCCGCCUCCGCUGUUAGGGUCCGGAGGGUCACGGCUGCUCGACGGCAAUUCAACCCUGGCAGAGAAUCUGGAGAGAGACAUUGCGGCAUUUCACAACGCGGAUGCUGGGUUGUUGUUUAAUUCGGGGUUUGAUGCGAAUGUUGGCCUUGUGAGCUGUUUACCGCAGCCAGGGGAUGUUGUUGUGUAUGACGAACUUAUUCACGCGAGUGCUCAUGAUGGGAUGCGGCUGAGUCGCGCGGGGCGGAGGGUCUCGUUCAAGCAUAACUGUGUAUAUGGGGAGGGAGGCCUUGAUGAAGUUUUGAGUGGAAUUGGGGGCGAGAAAUCUGUGUUUAUUCUCGUUGAAGGUGUUUACAGCAUGGAUGGCGACGUUGCUCCUCUUAAAGAGAUUGUGGCCUGCGUCAAAAGUCGACUCCCAGCCAAUGGCUAUAUCAUCGUCGACGAGGCACAUUCUACCGGCAUUUUCGGUCAUCAAGGACGGGGUCUCGUAUGCGAAUUGGGUUUGGAGAAGGAGAUAUUCGCACGCUUGCAUACGUUUGGCAAAGCAAUGAGUUCGUUUGGAGCUAUUGUUCUGUGCUCACCCACGACACGAGAGUAUCUCAUAAACUACGCCCGAACUCUCAUCUACACGACUGCAAUGCCAUUCUCCUGUCUCGCGAGCAUCGCAUCUCUGGAGUCUGGUGAGCUACACGCACAAGUUACUAGCGGAAGCGUGUUCCCUCAGCCAAUCAAUUCGCGCAGAGGCAGCACCGAAAUCACCAAUCAUACCGGUUUUUACAUCACAGCCACGCAGUCUAGCUCAGUUCUGCCAGGAACGUGGGUUCACGGUGCGGCCUAUUGUGGCACCGACGGUACCGAAGGGCAGUGA